AUGUCAAUAGUGGUUCAAGAAAAGGAAGAUAAUAUCUAUUCACCGGAGAAAGUGGUCAAGAAUGCCCCACCAAAGUAUCUUGGAUUCGUUGCAGGAAUGUUUUCUGGGGUAAUGAAGAACAUUGUGGGUCAUCCAUUCGAUACAAUUAAAGUGAGAUUACAAACUGCAUCGGAUGGCAAGUUUAAGGGACCUAUGGAUUGUGUGUUUAAAACAGUAAGAAACGAAGGUGUCAGAGGUUUCUAUAAAGGGUUCACUCCUCCAUUGGUAGGUUGGGUUUUGAUGGAUUCAGUAAUGCUUGGGUCAUUGCAUGUCUACAGGAGAGUAGUUAAGGAUACUUUUUAUCUGGAAGAGAAGAAGUUGCCAAUAUUAGGGCACGUCAUAGCAGGAUUGGGAAGUGGAUUGACUGUGUCCUUUGUAGCGGCACCAAUUGAACAAUUUAAAGCCAGACUUCAAGUUCAAUAUGAUGCAAAUACUAAAAUAUAUUCUGGACCUGUCGAUGUCGCUAAAAAAUUAUAUCAGACCACGGGCAUUAGAGGUAUCUACAGUGGGUUACUCUCAACUAUGAUAUUUAGAACAAAUUUCAUAUUCUGGUGGGGUUCAUACGAGUUAUUUACGCAAUGGUUUGAAGAUAACACCAAACUUUCAAAGCCUGCCAUUAAUUUCUGGUCCGGAGGAUUAUCAGCAACUGUUUUUUGGAUUUUUGCAUAUCCUGCCGAUGUAGUCAAACAGACUAUCAUGACAGACAACCCAAUAAGAUCAGAGAAGAAAUUCCCUAGAUGGAUUGAUGCAGUUAAAUACAUUUACAAUACAAAAGGCCUAGGAGGCUUUACAAGAGGUUUUGGUCCUUCGAUCUUGAGAUCCUUCCCUGCCAAUGCCGCUGCUUUGGCUGCCUUUGAAGCAGUAAUGAGAUUUUUGCAUUAA